UAUACAUGACUGGGAAACAACUCAUCAUACAAUAACAAUACUUGACUAUUAUAUAAAGUUUAAAGAACUUUUAUAUACGUAAUGACUACAAGUUGGAAUACUGUAGUUCUGAAAACGUGCACCUGUUUAAUAUAUGAUUCAUGUGUUACAUGUGUGCUAUCCAUGGCAAGGUUUUAGGGAAUACGUAUAACACGUCUACUGUCACAUCCUUUGGAAUACUUAGAAAGUUUUCAAAUACAAACCUACUUUAUCCACGCAGUCUUCGCUACUGUAGAAACACAUAUUUCUACCGAUACUGUCCUUUUGGACCUUGUCAAUAAUCAUUACGUUUUUAAUCAUAAAAUAACCAUUACGUUUUUAAAUAUAAAAACAAGAUGUUCCUAUAUUUUACUGAGAAGGUGCAUAAUAUUGUUUUGCAAUAAUUUCUUUAGGAAUUUCUUAUCCUUUUUGUUAACAAGUACUAAUAUUCACAAAAAAAAAAAAAAAAAAAAAAAAAAAAAAAAAAAAAAACGGUUUACACAAAUACCAAAAUCGCUUAGUUAGCAUACAUGUAGAUGUUAGCGUAAAAAGGAAAACAGUGAAAAGAAUUUAUCCAAAUAGAUAAUAAUCAGUUAAAGGAUAAUGACAGAGAUCGUUGGUGGGAAUCACGAAAAUGCAGCAGACAGAUACAUGUACAUCUACAACCUACAUUUGAUAUUUGCGGCUAACUGUACUACAUGGUGGCGAAUAAACUUGAGAUAAAAUUAAUGCUGUUUUUAUCCAAAGAGAUUAGACCUUCCAUGUCUUGAGAAAAAAUUGGCAUGGUUUCAGGAGAAAUAUGUUUCUGUGCUUUGGUUCUCUAAAAAGGAUCUGAUGACUAAGAGCGCCUCCAGAUGCGAUGCUAACAUAACACAUUACGUAAACAGAUACUGUGUCAGAAAUUAAUCAAAAAUUUCUGAAAAUACUGUUCUGUCUCUCAUACAUGAAUGGAAGAAAUACAAAAGCAACACCUGGAAGGAUUUUACCUAGAACGGAAUUUUACCGCCUUAGCUGUUAUUAACGGACAUCAGGUACUAAAAAAAACGUGUCACCUUUUUUGUCGGUUGGCAAGGGUCACAUAACAUAUAAAGUUAUGUAAUACACCUACAUCUAAAUUACCCUUUCCCUACAUUUAUAUGCUUGGUCGACCCGCUUUACUCUUUGGCUAAAGAUUGUUAUGGAAACUUGAGGCAAUGAUUCAACUUCUACACUGUACUAUGUGUCAUUUGACCGUGCAUUGAUUUGAAUCACGUCGGGAUUGGAGGUUCUCCAUCUAGAAUGACUCUCCAGGCAACUACGUCACUUUCGGAAGUUACCCGAAGAUGAAAUCGAGGCAAGAUAGACAGAAGUUUCUGAAGGAAGAAGAGAAACUUAAAAAUUGUGGAAUUCUUCUGUUUUCUGUGACAUACUAACUCCAAAAUGGAUUCAGAAGAAGAUAUGCUGUACGAUGAAGAAUCAGACCAUGGAAGUUCCGACAAUGAGGAUGAUGAUUUUGUUGAUAUGGGCAUUGAAUCAGAGCAAGGUUCUGCAUCUCAGGAAACAACCAUUGACGAUUUUUCAUACGAAGUGCUCAGUCCUGAGUUAAUUGUACAGCACAUGGUAGACUGUAUUAAAGAAGUCAACACUGUUGUGCAGCUACCAGCCACAACAACUAGAAUUUUAUUAUCUCAUUUUCGUUGGGACAAGGAAAAGUUGAUGGAAAGAUAUUAUGAUGGAGACCAGGAUCAGUUAUUUUCGGAAGCACAUGUUGUUAGUCCAGGCAGAAAAAUGUCUGCUUCUUUUAAACCCUCCUCUAGUAGCAGGAAAAAUACCAGAUCAGCGGCGGCAGCUGCAGCGUCUGCUGAGAAUAUAGAGUGUGAGAUCUGCACCCUGACAUAUCCGCAGGGGAUGAUGACAGGCUUAGAGUGUGGACAUCGUUUUUGUACUGCUUGCUGGACAGAAUAUCUGACCACUAAGAUCAUAGAUGAGGGCAUGGGACAGACAAUAUCUUGCGCUGCUCAUGGAUGUGAUAUAUUAGUAGAUGAUGCCACUGUAAUGUCAUUAGUCAAAGAUUCCAAAGUAAGAUUAAAAUACCAACACCUCAUUACCAACAGCUUUGUUGAGUGUAACCGACAGUUAAGAUGGUGUCCAGCACCGGACUGUGGCCGAGCGGUCAAGGUCAACUAUCCUGAUGCAAGACCAGUCACUUGCCAAUGUGGUCAUACCUUCUGCUUCUCCUGUGGAGAGACGUGGCACGACCCAGUAAAGUGCAAGUGGCUGAGAAGAUGGAUCAAGAAAUGUGAUGAUGACAGUGAAACAUCCAACUGGAUUGCUGCCAAUACAAAGGAAUGUCCAAAGUGCCAUGUAACUAUAGAGAAAGAUGGAGGCUGCAAUCAUAUGGUGUGUAAGAACCAAAGCUGUAAAGCAGACUUCUGCUGGGUUUGCCUAGGACCCUGGGAACCACAUGGAACAUCCUGGUACAACUGUAAUCGUUUUGAUGAAGAUGAGGCAAAGAAGGCUAGAGAUUCUCAAGAGAAAUCCCGAUCUGCAUUGCAACGUUAUCUUUUUUACUGCAAUCGCUACAUGAAUCACAUGCAAAGUUUAAAAUUUGAGCACAAGCUAUACAGCAUGGUCCGACAGAAAAUGGAAGAAAUGCAACAGCACAAUAUGUCGUGGAUUGAAGUCCAGUUCCUGAAGAAAGCUGUGGAUAUUCUGUGCCUCUGCCGACAGACUCUUAUGUUCACCUAUGUGUUUGCCUUUUACUUGAAAAGAAAUAACCAGUCCAUCAUAUUUGAGGACAAUCAGAAAGACCUUGAAAAUGCAACUGAACAGUUAUCAGAAUAUCUAGAAAGAGACAUCACGUCAGACAUAAUUGUUGAUGUUAAACAGAAAGUGCAGGAUAAAACCAGAUAUUGUGAAAGUCGCUGUAAAGUACUCCUGGAUCAUGUACAUGAAGGCUAUGAAAAAGACCUUUGGGAGUAUCAAGAUGAGAAAUAUUGAAUGAAUAAUUAAGAACUGUACACAGAGAUUUUGGAAAGAAAUUUGAAAGAAAUUAAGUGCUUAGCAUGAAAUUAAUUAUCCUUCAAUCUAGUGGUGUCUUUACUUUUUUGUGUCAAUUACUUGAAUAAUGGCAAAUUGGCACAAGACUAAUCAGAUUGAAUUAAUUAUAUAUAGCCCAAUUUUAUUUAUAUUAGUGUAAGCACAGAAGUUAAUGUGGAGAAGUGGCCUAAGUUUUCAAUUAAAACCGUGAAGCAGAAUUUGGCUUGUGUUAAGAUUUUUUGUAAUCGUCUUUUUGUGUGACCCUUGCAAAGUUGUCUGGGGGCUUUAUAUGCAUAGUGAAAGAAAAAGUAAAACAAAUGUAGCCAAGAUCACACCAUAGCCUUGUGUUUCAGAUUGGAGUUCAACAAUGUUAAGAGAAAAAAAGGGGUGGGAAUAGACAACAAGAAGGUGUCCACACAUAGAGUAUAGUUGUCACAUUUUACUCAAUUAAGUGGGUAUGAACAGUGAGAUUUAGGGUUUAGUUAAUAACUAUGUCUGCUAAUAUCUUUGGUUAAACUGAUUCCGUAUCAGAAACUAGAUUAGAUCUGUAGUUAUGUAAUAACUGUGCCAAAUUGAAAUGAUCGAGAACAGGCGGUGCCAGUUCAAACAAACUUCUCUUUAAAAAUCUCUUAAGUUACCCAAAACCAGCUUUUGUUUUUACAUAAGGCUAUACAAUUCCCCAGAAUUUUAAUUUGAUUGAACUUAAAAGCACUGUCCAUUACAAUGCCAAGCUUAUUUUAUCUUUGAGCCGCACCAAUCGAAAAAAAAAAAAAAUCUCCAGGCUCUGCAAGAAUUUGCCUGAAUCAGAACUUGGGAAUAAAUUGCACUGGUUUUCACUAUGAUCCUGGUCUUGUUGUAACUGUAUUGUUUAUAGAAUUAUGUGAAUAAAAACAAAAGACAUGUUGUUAA